AUGAUUUUUGCAUUAACUCUUCUCUGUGCAUCAAUCCCAGGCGGUUGGCAGCAGGUUGGCUACGAUACAGAGUAUGUCAGAAAAGUAAUCCCAUAUAUCAACAAAAACUUUAGAUUAAUCCUUCCAGAGUACAAGAAUCAAAAUUCCCUUUGCGUUUUCCAAAGUGCUGAAGUUCAAGUAGUAAACGGAUACAACAUCCAUCUAACACACAAAUUAGGCAGGGAUAUUGUUGAAUUUACCUUACAUGUCUCAAUCACCAACGAAAUUUCAUUAACAGACUUCAAGCACACUCCAGAUACAAAUAAUUUGGGAAUGAUUGGAGCUUGGGAAAUUCAAAAGCCAGAUUAUGAACCUGAAGAGGUUUACAGAUUCAUUAAAUAUUACAUUAUGAUCAAAGGAGUCAACACUAUGCCAGAAAAGACACUCUUUGUUAGAACUAAAGUCGUUCAAGGACUCCAUAUCCACAUAGUUUAUAAUGAUAACUUAGGAAAGACUCAUUCAAUAGUAAUGGAGCGCGAUUUAUCGGAUAACAUCAACGUUAUUUCCAACGAUUCAUUCUAA